CUUCAGACGGACACGACAGGACAGGAGCGGCUUCGCCUUGGGAGUCGCGCAAGAGUUUUUGGAGAAUCCUGGAAAGAAGUUAGCAAGUGUGUGGAACACUCGGAAAAGGAAUGGACGAUUUAGACGCUCUGCUUGCCGAUCUGGAGUCCUCCACGGCGCACAUCUCCCCUGGCCCCGCCUACAUCUGCACUGACUCCGCCUACAUCACCAAGAGCCCCGUCCACGUCCCCAAAAGCCCCUCCUCCUUCCUCAUCGAGGAGACACCCUAUUCGUUCCCCACCAGCGGCAGGAGCCUGCGUGAUGAGGCCACGCCCCCUCCGGUGCCCCCUCCCCCCUCUGCUGAGGCGCUGAACGGAACCCUGCUCUGCCCCCCCGACUCACAACACUCGUCUCAACAGUCUCUGGGUUCGGGUCCUAAGAGCAGCAGCUGGUCUCGGGGCAGCACUAGUCCUCAGUUGUCCAGCCUUUGCAACACAGAGGAGGACCACAUCUACAGCUUCCCCAACAAGCAGAAGGCGUGUGUGUCUGGUGGGGGCAUGGCGACUGCUCUGGGCUCCAACCUCUCGGAGCUGGACCGACUGCUGCUGGAACUCAACGCUGUGCAGAACACACCAGGCUUCCCCACCGACGGUGUGUGUGUGUGUGUCUGUUCCCCAGAGGAGGAGGCUCCUGCGGUGCCUGUGUGUACCCUGUACCCGGUGGGGGAGGGGCAGGGUCGCUCAUCUCUCUCCCCACAGCACAACGGAUCCAAAGGCAGCAGCCUCGACCACCUGCACUAUGCUGUACCCUCCCCACUUGAGUUUACCGAUGGCCAGUUGGACCCAGAUCUUCAGCAGUCAGCCACUUCAGCAACACGAGAGCUAGACGAACUCAUGGCCUGUCUCUCCGACUUCAAGCCCAGUUCUCAGGGCUCCUCCGAGCCUCCUCCUCCGCCGUCCGUUCUGAAACCCUCUUGUCCUCCAGCUAUCCCAUCAUCCCCUGCUGCUGCGCCCGUGUUCUCCUCCUCCUCCGCCUCCUCCUCCUCCAGCCUGCCCCCCCUCCUGUCCUGCGACUCCCCCCUGCCCAACAUGGCUGCUGCUCCUCCUGCAGGAGGUGGAGGAGGAGGUGAUGCCUCUCUGGAGCUCCAUAUAGAGGAGGAUGGUUCCGACAGAUCCUCCUCCCUGCUGCACGCCUCCCAGGCCCCCAGCACCUCCCUCCUGAAGCCCAGCUCCAUGCUCUCCCUGUCGGCCACCUCCACCACCUCCACCUCCUCCACCACCGCCUCCUCCUCCCUCAGCCCCCCGAGCUCCGGCUCCCCGUCCACCUCUCCCUCCAGCUCCCGCCUCUCCCCCGACACCAUCAUCGACGUGUCGGCCUCCAUGCUUAGCUCGCGCACUGACCCCCUGGUGGUGAUCACCCAGCCCGCCGGCUCCGGCUCCUCCCUGACCCUCAACCGCACCCUCACCCCCGGCAGCGCCAGCCCCCACACCCCUCCAUCCAAAACCAACACCCCCCCCCCGGUCUCCUCCAGCUCCCAUCUGAAGCAGGAACCCCUCCUCCUCAGCUCUCUCCCCGCGCUCAGCCUCUCCCCGCCGCUGUCCUCCUCUUCCACCUCCUUGAAGAAGGAGGCCUCCCCUCCUUCCCCCGCCUCCUCCAUCACCCACACCCCCAGCCCCAACCCUCUGUCCUCCUCCUCCACCUCUCUGAAGAAGCCUUCACCUCCCCCCUCUGAGAGACGAAGCCCAGUGAUCCUCUCCGCUGUCAAUGGAUUCUCCACCGACUCAUCUCAUCACCCCUUCUCCUCCUCCUCCUCCUCCUCUUCCUUCCCCUCACCCAAAAAAACCCUCUCACCCUCGACCUUCAGGUCUCCCAUCUCCUCCUCCACCUCCUCUUCCACGCCUCCCCAGGUCUCCGCUGCUCCUGCGGUUCCUGAGUCUCCUUUCCAGCUUCCCUCGCUGUCAGCUCCUCCAGUCCACUCUUCUUACUCACUCCCCUCUGCUCCUAAAAGCUCCAGCCUCCCGGAGGCCACCCCACCUCAAUCUCAGCCUCAGCCCCAGCCAGCUGCACCCUCGCUGGGCUACACUGACCCUGAGCCCUCCCUGGACGAGGCUCUGGACAAACUGCUAGCCAUGAGCUUCUCUACGCCUCCCCCACAGCAUCAACAAGAGAAAGCUGUGAACGCCGGGCUAUUUUCAGCCACACGUGCCCCUCUGGGCGUCUCGGAACUGCCCCUCGGCGCCCGGCAGGAAGUGCUGGAGGAACCCAUCCAGGCGCUGGACCGCCGCGACGUGAGGCCCGACACGAUGCAGAGCUGGGCGACGGGACCGCCGGACGACGGCGACACCACGGACGGGGACGGCACGCUGGACUACCAGUCGGACGGGCGCAGCGAGCUGGACUGGGCGGAGAUGGAUCUGAAGAUGGCGUACGAGGGCGAGGGCGGCGAGGGCACCAUGACGCCCAUGACGGAGGCCAGCUGGAUGGACGAGUCGCUGACGCCCUACUCCUCGUGCCCCGGCACGCCCGACACCCAGAUGCUGGACCUGGGCGUGAUGGGCAUGGUGACGCCACUCAGCGUCGACCGCGUCUCCGCCUCUGGACACCUGAAGCAGGUGAUCCGCCGCACCAAGGAGACGACCAACGUGCACCCCAUGUACCGCGACAUGCACCCAGGGGGGCCCGGGGGGCCGGGGGGCCCGCGCCGCAAGAUGGGCCCCCUGCUGUUCCACAAGAGCUCGUCUCAGGACCGGCUCAUCGAGGAGCUGCAGGGCCGGCUGGGCAUCAGCCGCAAGGAGCGGGCCAAGAAGCAGCCCGACGACUGGCUCACCGAGGGGGUGAUCGUGUCCAACAACCCCAAGCGAGACCGCGACCGCAACGGACACGAGGUGGAUAAGAUUAUCAUUCCUCCUGAGUCUCCUAUUCCUCAGCGGAAGGUCAUCCCUGCCCCCAUCUCCCCUCCCGUUGUCCGCCGUGAGGAGCCCAAAAGGCCUCCCCCAGUUAAGGAGGUUCCCCCUCCUCUGCCACCUCCUCCUCCACGCGUCCCCUCCCCUCCGCCACCUCCACCCCCUCAGCAACGCGCUCCCACUCCCCCUCCAGAGAAACCCCCCGUGAAAAAAGAGGAGCCCCCCUCCACUCCUCGUGCCCCGGCACCGGCACCAGUUCCGCAACCUCCACCCGUGGUGGCGCCCACCCCUCCCAGCCCGCCUGCCCCAAAAGAGGUGGUGUCGGUGGGCUGCCAGACGGAGUACGACCCCCUGUUCCCCCCCAUGCAGGCCUGGGGCUCAAUCAUGUCUCAGGGGAAGGGCAGUAACCUGCAGCAGGGCAAUAAGCUGGACUCCAUGCUGGGCAGCCUGCAGUCCGACCUCAACAAGCUGGGGGUGCACACUGUUGCCAAGGGCACCUGCGGAGCCUGCUGCAAGCCCAUCAUCGGCCAGCUGGUGACAGCCAUGGGCCGCACGUGGCACCCGGAACACUUCGUCUGCACCCACUGCCAGGAGGAGAUCGGAUCCAGAAACUUCUUUGAGCGUGACGGGCUGCCGUACUGCGAACGAGACUACCACCACCUCUUCUCACCGCGCUGCCACUACUGCAACGGACCCAUACUGGAUAAAGUGGUGACGGCGAUGGAUCAGACGUGGCAUCCAGAGCAUUUCUUCUGUGGCCACUGUGGAUCAUUCUUCGGGCCAGAGGGUUUCCAUGAGAAGGAUGGCAAGGCGUACUGCAGGAAGGACUACUUUGAGCUGUUUGCCCCCAAGUGUGGCGGCUGCGCUCACGCCAUCCUGGACAACUACAUCUCCGCCCUCAGCUGCCUCUGGCACCCCGAGUGCUUCGUAUGCAGGGAGUGCUUCACGCCGUUUGUGCAGGGAAGCUUCUUCGAGCACGAGGGCCAGCCCUUCUGCGAGGUGCACUACCACGACCGGCGCGGCUCGCUCUGCUCCGGCUGCCAGAAGCCAAUCACGGGCCGCUGCAUCAGCGCCAUGGCCAAGAAGUUCCACCCGGAGCACUUUGUCUGCGCCUUCUGCCUCAAGCAGCUGAACAAAGGAACCUUCAAGGAGCAGAACGACAAGCCCUACUGCCAGGGCUGCUUCAUCAAGCUCUUCAGCUAGAGCUGGAGCUAGUGCUAGAGAUAGAGCCCUGCGGCCUGGGUGUGCGUGUGUGUGCGUGUGUGUGUG